AUGGCGAGUAAGAUGCCCCUUGUAGCACCCGUGUAUCUGCCGGGGCAAGAGCCUCUACCACCCGGUAUAUCGGAAGAAGACCGCAUGCAAAUCAUGCAAUCACUGAAGUAUCAGGGAUACAUCGUCAAGACUAUGGAGUCCUGUGUCGGUAAAGCCGCCAUUUCUGGCGUUCUCGGGUUUGGCCUAGGAGCUUUUUUCAGUCUAAUGAGCGCAUCAUUAUCUAUUGAUGAUCCACUUCGGCAGACUAUGAUUGACAAAGCUGCGGCAGAGAAAGCACGGAAACUCGAAGAAGAACGAGAAGCCACGAAGAAGAAAAACAGCGCCCCAAAUGCUAGGAGCUCGACAACAAGCUCGCUCACGAAUACCACAGAGGCAACACCACGCCUUAAUACAGAGCAGCUGAAUGGAAACUCAAACACAAAAAUCGGUUCGACUACGCCUGCCACUAAAACUCAGGCAUUCUUGACCAAAUUGCCUGGUGGGAACUACUUCAAGAACCUGCCUGCUCCACCACCGCAGCUUCCGGCUGCCACGAUGCAGAGCACGAAAGAGUUUUUUAUUCAAACGGGUCGCAGCAUGUAUAGCAGUGGACGGGGGUUCGGAAAAGUUGGCGCUUUAUAUUCGGGCAUUGAAUGCUGCAUUGAAAGCUACCGAGCGAAAAACGAUAUCGUGAACCCCGUGCUAGGAGGAUUUUUGGCUGGCGGUAUCCUCGCAAGAAAUACCGGUCCAGCCACUGCUUUCAGCAGCGCCAUGGCCUUUGCCGCAUUCAGUGGUGCCAUCGACUUAUUUCUUCGACGGGAGACAAAAGACGAAGACUAA